AUGAAUAGGCCUUGGGUUCUUUGUGGGGAUUUUAACAACAUCUUGAAUCUUAAUGAUAGAAUUGAAAGUCUUGUUUCUUUGACUGAAGUGGAACCCUUUAGAGCUUGCCUAAGACAGAACAACCUCUCUGAUUGGGCUGCUGGAGGAAUGUUUUAUACUUGGUGUAAUAAGCAGGCUGGUUGUGAUAGAAUGGAUAGAUUUCCAGACAUGCAAGCUACUUUUUUCCCUAAAGGAUUAAUGGAUCAUUGCCUUUGUGUUAUUAACAUGUUUGAUUCUGGAACUCAAGUUAAGAAACCUUUUAGGAAGUUGAAAGAGAUGAAAAAAGUGUUGAAAAGUUUGAAAAUGGUGAAUUUAUCUUGUAUUGAAACUGAAGAUGUUGUAGCUGAGAAGACUUUGAUGGAAAUCCAAGUGAAACUCCAAGCUGAGCCUGAUAAUGAGAGUCUGAUUCAAUUGGAAAGGGAAAGUAGAGUGACAUAUGCUAAAACUUACCUUGAUAGAAACAAUUUUUUGACGCAAAAAGCUAAGGUUCGUUGGCUUAAAGAUGGUGAUAUGAAUUCUGCUUUCUUCCAUGCUGUUAUUAGGAAGAGAAGACUUCAUAAUAACAUCUAUUCCAUUGUGAACAAUGUGGGGGAGGUGACUGCUGAUCCUAAGGAAGUGUGUAAGGCUUUCUUGGAGUAUUACCAAGGGCUCCUUGGAACUGAAGCUUCAAUGCAGGGCAACAUUCAUUCUGCAGUCAUAGCUGAGGGUAGCAGGUUAUCUGAUGAGCAAGGUUUGGAGGAGGUGUUGAAGGAGGUGUUGCCUGAUUUAAUUGAUGAUUGUCAAGGGGCCUUUGUUUCUGGAAGAUCUAUUCUGGAUAAUAUCCUUAUUUUUCAAGACAUGUUGAAGGCUUAUAAUAAUAAAAGGAAGCCCCCAAGGUGUACCAUUAAAGUGGAUCUCAGGAAAGCUUACGACUCUGUGAGCUGGGAGUUUAUUCAGGAAAUGAUGUGUGCUUUGAAGUUUACCACUCAAUUCAUCUCUUGGGUUAUGCAAUGUGUUACUACUCCUACCUUUUCUUUACUGCUUAAUGGUGGAUCUUAUGGUUUUUUUAAAGGGAAAAAGGGAAUAAGGCAAGGUGAUCCUAUGUCUCCCAUUUUAUUUGUUAUUGUAAUGGAGUAUCUGUCCAGAUUGCUGAAAAAAGUUGGGAAGAAGAAGAGAUUUAAUUAUCAUCAGAGGUGCAAGGAGCUUGCUUUAAAUCACUUGAUUUUUGCAGAUGAUUUGAUGUUGUUUUCUUAUGGGAAUAAUGAUUGUGUCAAGCUCCUGAUCAAGGCUCUUAAAACCUUUGAAGCUAGAUCUGGUUUGCAGGCUAAUCUUGAGAAAACUGCAAUUUACUUUGGCAAUGUUCAGCAUCCUGUCCAAGAUAGCAUUCUGUGCCAUUCUGGAUUUGUGAAGGGUGAAAUGCCUUUUAGGUAA